ACUAAUCUUCUUCACCCCUAGUGUCAAGCCCUUUGACGAUUUGAUGUACUUUCCCACCACGUUGGGUAUGCAAGCCUCACCUCAUUCUUACGCCACGGACUUGGAGCCCCAGGGACUCUGUGUAGGUCUUAGAGUUAGACCUGGGCAAUGCUAAAGGCUGACUCGAUCGGUGCAGAAUGCAGUCAUCGUCUCUGCUCCACAUUCCUCAUUCGUUGAUCGCUGGUUGGCUUCUUAUGAAACAUUCAGUGAUGGUGAAUGGGACGAUCACUCUGUCAAUAUUCCCUGGCACAUUGCCAGACGAUACCCUGACGAAAUUCAAGUCUUAUCCAACAGAGCUUUCUUUUGGCCAAUGUGGCACGGGGACGAGAUCAAAAAAACUCACGAGUUGGACGGGCACCGCUUCAAGGCAGGAGGACAGUAUGCGUACCAUGCUUGGGAGAGUUUAGCGAUGAAGUAUUUAGAGGCACUCUCCCCACAAUCUCUGA